CACCUGGGUUGCACAUUGAGCUGUCUGCAGUGUCACAGUAGUGCCACUCUUCACAUCAUCACCACUACCAGCGGCAGCAGCAGCAGCAGCAAGCUAUCCAUAUCGUGCGGUGGCUCAACUCUCACCGGCGAUCGCGACAAACGAGGCAAGACGUGUAUUCGGUCAGAGCCGAAAUUGUGCACAUACUGCCGCUCGGAGCGUGUCUUCUAUACCGGUGAACACCCUCCCAUGCCACUAUGUCCGGUCAGGAGGACGCCGAGAGGUCGCGCAAGAAUUUCCAUGGUGCAUAUGGCCAGAACCGACCCAUUCCAACCAUCUCCAGGUACGAGAAAGAGAAGGAAGCACGUCAGGCUCAGGCCUUGCCCGAUGAAAGUGACGAGGCCAGCGGGCCUGCCUUAGACGAGUCACGGACGGAACGCGCCAAGAAUACAUGGAGAGACUAUUGGUCGCGCGACGACGGCGCGGAGCAGAAGGCGUCGCAGAAUGACGAUGGGAAGUCAGAUGCUGGAAGAGACGGGGAGAUUACGGACCAGCAGGACGACGAAAGCGAGGAAGAUACAGAGGUGGCAGCAGACACGUCCGAGGUCUCUCCCGCGGAUCCGAAGACGAGACGUAAGAAUCUGAAAAAGGGUAGAGAGGACCCAGCAGAACGAAGGGUUACAGAUCCUGUCACGCACUUGCCUGUACGUAUUCACGACUUCACGAAGCAAUCGCUCGAAGAAGUGGAGGAGAAUCCCGCUCCAUGGGGCUCAACGUCGAGAACGGCGACAGGCCUGAGCAAUAAGAGGAAGGAUGCUGGUCAGCUGGAACAAGAGACAAAAGACGCGCAAGAUGGGUUGGACUCUAUGAACGCACUGUUCCCACCUCCGAGCUUCGAUAGCUUGCGGGAUGAACUAAUUGGCGUGAAUAGGCUGGGGAUCACUGUGGGCUUGCUAGGGGCUGCGGUCAUCGUCUUGCUUGCAGUUGCUUUGGAGCACAUCUUCACACCGGAUAGACUGGCAUACUGGACCAAUGCCAACGUCGAAGCACGAUGGUGGAUCUUCAAAUCAGGCACAUGGCUGAUAUUGGGUACCUUUUCCGGUGCAGCAAUUUGGGAGCUGAUUGCAUGUACGAGGAUAUGGGUGACGAAUCGGAUCGAGGACGUAUGGCAGGAGCAAGUGUGGGAAGCAAAUCUCGAAGCACGCGAGCGCGCAGCCAAGGCACACGACACAGAAUCCGUGUCGUGGUUGAAUUCGCUGUUUGCUGCUGUCUGGCCCCUGGUAAACCCGGACCUGUUCGUCAGCCUUGCGGAUACGUUGGAAGAUGUAAUGCAAGCUUCGCUGCCUCGUGUUGUGCAGAUGGUCAGUGUGGAGGAUAUUGGACAAGGCAGCGAGGCAUUGCGGAUUCUCGGUGUUCGAUGGCUCCCUAGCGGAGCUGCAGCCAAAUCUGUCGGCGAGGAUGGCAAGCUUGGCAAAGAAGACCAGGAAACCCACAAGAACGACCGCACUGUGCCGGGCGAAGGCGAAGUAGACCAAGGGGCCGAGCAUCACGACAAUGAUGACAAGGAUGAUGAGAGCGGUAGUGGCGAUGGUACGGAGAGAGCUGCCGUCGCCGAGGGCAUGGAGGCUGAAGAAGGCGACUUUAUCAACCUCGAAGUCGCGUUCGCAUAUCGUGCUCGAGCGUCAAAGUCUUUCCAUGAUCGAACCAAAGAUAUCCAUCUCUAUUUGGCCUUCUACCUUCCAGGCGGCCUGAAGUUUCCAGUCUGGGUGGACAUGAAAGGGCUCGUCGGCACUUGUCGUCUUCGGCUACAGCUCACACCAGAUCCCCCAUUCUUCAGUCUAUGUACUCUCACUUUUCUGGGACAGCCAAAGGUCGAUAUUAGCUGCAUUCCACUUGUGAAGCGCGGUUUGAAUAUCAUGGACCUGCCACUGAUAUCUAACUUUGUGCAAAGUUCAGUUGACGCAGCCAUGGCGGAAUAUGUCGCGCCCAAGUCGUUGACUCUCGACCUCAAGGAUAUGCUCGCGGGAGAUGACUUCAAGAAGGACACGAACGCUCGUGGCAUCAUCGUUGUCGACAUUAUGCAUGGGUACGACUUCAAGAUGGGCGAUGCCGCCGUCCCUCUGCUAUCGAAGGGCGGCAGUGACCCCUACAUUUCAGUUGCUUGGGCGAAGCUCGGCAAGCCUUUGUUUUCGACUAGAGUUUUGGUCAAGGAAAUGGAUCCCUACUUUCAUGAGCGGUGCUACCUCUUGGUCACACCCGCAGAGCUGAACGUGGACGAGCGCCUCCGCCUGCAACUUUGGGAUUCCGAUCGUUUCACGGCAGAUGAUGAUCUUGGACGGAUCGAAGUUGACCUCAAGCAACUGAUGCGGAGCGAUGACACCAAUGGCAAAAUGCACUAUCGAAAGGAUGGGUUCAAGGCGCUGAAACGUGGCGAAACUAUGCCUGGCAAGCUUGAAUGGCAGGUAGGUUACUUUUCGAAGACCCGAUUGCAGGAGUGCCAAUAUAAAAAGCAAACCUUCGACGAAGAUAUUAGGUCGAAGGAUGACCUGGAUCGGAAAGUAGACGAGAUCUGCCACAACAAGCUUCGUGAAGCCAUGGUGAAGAAGGGUCGCCAUGCCCGUAGUAGGCAGGAGCUGGAACAGCAAAAAGCGCAAGAGAAGAAAACGUUCGAAGACGCCAUCAUUAUCUCAGCACCUCCACCAGAUGAUUAUUGCAGUGGCAUCUUCAGUCUGGUUGUACACCAGAUCACCGGCCUGGAGCUCGAAGUUCAAAACAAGACUGUUGCGGAUAAGCACGCGGCGCACGAGAAUGAGGACGAAGAGAAUUCGGGAUUGCCCUCGGCCUAUUGCUCCGUCAUCAUCAAUCAUCAAAAGAUUUUCAAGACGAGGACUAAGCCGAAAAAUGCCAAACCGUUUUACAACGCUGGCACGGAGAGGUUCAUUGGUGACUGGCGACGUGCCGAAGUCUAUGUUACCGUCCGCGAUGCACGACCGGACGAAAAUGAUGCCCUCAUUGGCAUCGUCCAUCUGCCGCUGGGUGAAAUCUUUAAAACUCGCAGUCAGGUCAACGGCUUUUACCCUCUCACAGGUGGCGUUGGCUAUGGUCGCGUCCGAAUCUCGAUGGUAUGGCGUAGCGUACAGCUCCAAGCACGACCCGAACAGAUGGGGUGGGAUUACGGGACGAUUGAGAUUUCACCUUCCAUCUCUACAGCCGAUGUGCCUGGGGACCUGUCAGAGCUUAAAGUCAAGUGGCACUCCAACAUCAGCAGCGGCAAGAUGUAUCCUCACAAGGAGGACUCCACUUGGCAGACUCGAAAAGGACGAUCGCUCUUCCUCGCCGUCCACAGUCGGUAUGCGACGUGCUUAUCACUUCGUCUCAAGCGCAACGGGCGCCUGUUGGCCAAAGAUAAGACGGCUGCGUUUGCUGUUCUCUGGCUUCGAGACAUUCCCGAUGACUGUGAGAAGGAGAUUACGUUGCCGAUAUACACGGGUAAUUACGAACGUGCCACAUCUUGUGUUCUGGAGAAGCCCGGCGAGCAGAUUGGGUCCAUCACAGUCAAGAUGACGUUCUGGUCUGGUUUGGGUGCGGGCCAUCAACGCUGGGCGUCCAAGGACGCGGAUGUGCGACAAGUGAUGGAAGUGCUUGAUACUGCGCGCGAUAACUACGAAGCCAAGAGAAAUGCAGAGGACCGGGGCAUCGUGGUUGCAGGCGAUGAUGGCAGCAGCAGCAGUUCCUCAUCCGACUCGGAUUCCGACUCGGAGAGCUUCAGCGAUGAUGCCAGUCGCGAUCCGAAGGCUGUGAUGGAUCCAACCACCACUCAGCACAGUAAUGGGACUUCUACUACGACAACGACAACGAGUGAUAUGACUGAUGGCGACACGAGGGAGGAUGGGAGACAGCACAUGAAUCUGAUUGACAAGGUGAAAGAUUACAAGAAUGAGGCCAAGGAAAAGCAUCGGACGCAUCGGGGCAUCAUGCAGUAUAAACCGGCUCGGAAUUUGCAGCAUGUGAAGGAGAAACUGGACCGAGUGGAGUCGAAAGUGGAGGGUAUGUUUAGUCGGCAUACGCGAGAGCCUGGCAUCGAGACGGAGGUGUAGUUGUAAUUGUUGUACACCGAUGAUGGUUGAAGAGCCGGAGCUGUUUUCCGGGUAGAAGAGCAUGUAUUUGACGCAGAAUGAUGCCACUCGUUGGUUAAACAGGCACACAGG